AUGCGUCAGCCUCAUUACAUGGAUUUUAUCCAUGUCAUCUCAGAUAAGCUCCCCAAGGACACUCUGAGGUCCUGGUUCCUCCGAGUCCCCAGCGCUCCGGCGGCUGCAGUCAGAUCCUGCAGGGCGCUGGAGAAACCAGUUCCGCCCAAGGCCCUGCGGGACGCCCAGCUCCCCGCGCGCAGGGAGUUCCCAGAGCCCCCACCUCACCUUGGCAGCCAGGAGACAUUUCCCAACUCGCAGCUACAUCCGAGUGCAGCGCCUGCACCGGAGCAUGGAGAACGCCACCGGGCCCCUGAGCGCGCGAAUGCAUCGGACCCGGGCGCCAUGCGGCUGCCUCCGCUGGCGUUGCAGGCGGUGACCCUGGCCCUGGUGCCUCUCGUGUGCGCCGUGGGCGUGACAGGCAACGCCAUGGUGGUCCUGGUGGUGGUCCGGAGCAGACACAUGGUCACACCCACCAACUGUUACCUGGUAAGCCUGGCUGCUGCAGACUUGCUGGUGCUCCUGGCAGCCGGAGUGCCCACUGUGGCCGAGGUAGUGUCCGCUCGGGUUUGGAUCUUGGGCCACGUGGGCUGCUGGGGCAUCACCUACCUGCAGUACGUUGGCAUCAACGCUUCCGCUGGCUCCAUCACUGCGUUCACUGUGGAGCGCUACCUCGCCGUCUGCCGUCCACUGCGCGCCCAGGCGCUGUGCACCGUGGCGCGAGCGAAGCGCAUCACUGCUUUGUGGCUGGGCACCGGCGCCUACUGUGUGCUCUGGCUCUUCCUGGUGGACACGCGCGAAGCCACGUACGCUGAUGGCGUGCAGGUGCAGUGUGACUACCGCGUGUCGAGCUCUCUCUACCUGCCCAUCUACUUUCUGGACUUCGCGCUCUUCUAUGCGCUGCCCCUGGGCUUGGCCACUGUGCUCUGUGCGCUGGUCACGCGCGUCCUCUUCUUCGGGCCGCUGCCCCUUGGCGGCUCGGGGUGCGUAGGCUCUGUCCACUAG